GGUAACGAUGUCGCUGCGGGGAACGUUAGUGGGAAGAAACGGAAAGCCGAUGAGACGGAGCCUGCGGCGGCACCCGAUGCGAAGAAAAAGAAGAAAACGGGAGCUGCAUCUAAAAACCCUACAGGCAAGAAUGCCAAAGUCCCAAAGAUGAAAGGGCCCCUUGAUCUCGAUACUCGAUGUGGUGUAUAUGAUGAAAAGAAGGGCGCCGUCUGCCAACGACGCAUCACUUGCAAAGUUCAUUCUAUGCAUGCCAAACGACAACUUCCUGGUCGGUCGAAGAACUUUGACGAACUCCUUCUCGAAUAUCGUCGCAUUCACGACCCCAAAUUCGUUGAACCUGUCCCGAAAAAGCCGAAGGAAAAGAAGGAGCCGGGUGUGCCAGGUGUUGGUAAGGACGGGCUCACGAAGAAGGAACGGAAGGAGUUACGGGAAAAGGAGCGAAUGGAAAAAAGGGAGGCUGACAUUCGAGCUGGGCUGAUCGAUCCCAACGAUCCCGCACAUGCACUACCUCAGCCGAAGAAGAAGAAGAAAAAGCCGGCCGCUCCUUCCGCACCCGGGGCGACAGGCGGGAAGAAAGGUUCGGGCACCUCUGGGUCUGGCGGAGCAGGAGGUACAGCUGGCGCAGGUAGCGGCGCCAAUGGAUCUGCGCCAGGCGAGUGGGACUCGAUGAACGAAGAUGAAAUUGCGGAACUUGAUUCAGACGUCGAAAUUGACAAGCUCGUCAGCGCGGUAUCGAGAUCGAAACGGACUGGACAGCAAACUUCCGCCCCUCCCGGUUACUCCCUCUUCCCACAUUCUGUACUUCCCUCCGGUACCUCGGCAAGCGGGGGCAUUUUGGUUGGCCAAAAGGGCGGAAGCGCCGCAUCGAACACUGCUGCAUCUCAGAACUUGGCAGGUGGGCCAACCCCACUCGCUCGUCCGACGAACACAACGCACUACUUUGUUGCCCGAAACGAAGUUCUUCGAUGUUGCGCCGAUAUCCUUUUGAAAGCGCUCCCUCGACCUGCUAACUCUGCCACCGCCACCGCCGCCACCAGUGUUGGAAAUUCAAAUGGUCCUGCUGCGGUAUCUGCUAGUACCAACAGCAGCGCUAUCACUGGUGUCGUUACUGUUACUGCUUCGGCCUCUGCUGCGUAGCUUCUCGUUGCAUUUUUGUUUAUUUUUUUUCUCGAUUUCGUUACCGGGCUGUCAGUAUACCCCGUCUUCGACCUGUUCGAUGAUGUAUCAUGUUUAAGCGUACGUGUACAUUUGUAAUCGGACUCGUGUAUUUGUUUUGUGAGGUAGACGGCCUCAUGCAUAUUUCGUUCUUUUUUGCUAAUCAGUUGAUCGAUCGUCAAUGGACUGCUCAGUUCUCUGUUUAUAGUGUCGGUAUUGAGCAGGAAUGUGGCCCAGGGUGAUGUGAUGGUUCGUUAGCAAUAUCUAUCAGACAGUAUGAUCGAUCGAAC